AAAGAUCGUCUAUGAUCAGGUUUAUAAAGUCGCUCCCGGCGCAUAUGGCGGAGAGUGAAGAUUGUAUGGAUAAAAGAGAUGCAGAAUGUGGUCAAGACAAGGCAAAUUCACCUUUUCGUAGUCAAAACGAAGGUAAAAGAACUUUGUUUUCAAGAAAAAUCAUCCACAGAUUAAAGCCGUGAAUGUUGUCACGUAUUGCAGUAAACAUUAAAAUUUAUGUUAAAUUAUUUUCUUCUUUUGUCUUGUUUAGAUUCUCUGGAUUUUGAUUUGUAUGGGGAUCUUUCUGUGGACCUCAACCAAGAAAUGACAUAUCCCGAGGUAUUUUUUAAUUGAUAUUCUGUUGAGAAAGUUUAUUAAUUUAUGAUAAUUUGGAGCAGUUGUCUGUCUGUCACUGAUUAACCCUUUGACUUCUGCGAGUGACCAGCAUCUAAUUUCUCCUUACAGUAUCAGCCCUGAAUCACACAUUAGGGUCAUGAGAAUAAAGGACAUGAUCACCAACUAAGGAAGCUCUUGAUUUUUAAACAGAUUCUCCUUGACAGCACCUUAGGAACAUAUAGAGAACAGUAUGGAGAAUAUGCAUACUGAUGUUAGGGUAUAGAGGGUUAAUGCUAAUCAAAUUAUGGAUCCGUGACAUGUUGAUCAUUUGCCCUAUUCAUUGUUUUAAAGGUUUAUACCUAAGUUAAACUUUAAGAAAAUAAUUUGUUUUGAUAAUGAAUCUGCUUUAUUUUCAGUUGAAGAAAUUAUUUGAAGAAAGUCAGCAAACAAUUAAGAAGUUUGAAGCUGAGGUUAGCACUUAAAGAUUUUAACCCUUUGGCUCCUACACAAUAUCUUGCCCAAAUCAAACAUUAAGGUCACAAUUAAGGAAAUGAUCACCAACUAGAGAAGCUCAUGCUUGUUGAACAAAUUCUCCUUGUCAGUAUCACAGGAAAGUUAUAGAGAACUGUAUGGAGAAUAACCAUACUGAUGUUAGGGUGCAAAGGGUUAAUUGAACAGUUGUCAUCCCUUGGUACAUGUGCACCCCUGUAUGCUCACCAUUGAUAGGGAGAGAUGAUCCUGGAAACUACAGUUAUUAAGAUUUGUGUGCCAACUGUUGGCAGUCAGGCAAUAUUAACAAGGGGCUAACUCGUGGCUGGUUCUGCAAUCAUCAAUUGUGUUGUAUACUUUUUGGAAACUUUACUUGGCAGAUACCAGCAGACUGUAAGGAAAAUGUCAGGGGGGGUAUACCCAUUCAGGAAUGGAGUAUUAUCUCCUAUCACUUCAAGCUCCAGAAACAGGAAUAUGAAUGCUCUGUUAGCAAUGGGCAGGAUGGCCUACAAGAACUAACCUAACCUAACCUUGCCCUUAUUUUCAGAACAAAAAACUGAAAGAUGAAAACUUUGUGCUUAAGAAAAACAUCUCAAGCCUGUAUCUCACCGCACGAGAGGAGAUAACUCGAAAGGAUGCUCAAAUCAAAGCAUUACAGGACAAGGAAGUGAGAAGCAGAAAACUUUUGGCACAAUCCCAUGCACAGUGAGUGGAUAUCAAGAGGAAUAUCAGCAUACCACUAAACCCUAGCUGAUGAUUUGAUUGGUGUUAAUUGCGUAUGCAGUUUUGUCAGGGGAUUGACAAAUCUCACUGGAAUUGCUGACUUUCAACACUUAUGUAAUUGACAGAGGUUUUAUUGUCUUAGCAAGCUAAAUGGUCUCGUAGAAAGAAGGAUCUCGCGAGGUGUGGAACAGACUGAUGUGAGCCAUUAACAGACUUCUUAAUAACUUCACUGCCCACUGCAUCAUGAUGUUACUUUACCAUCAGUGGGGACCACACUGUUAAUCACUGUGUAACUGUGGAUUGGCAGAUUUAGAACUAUUGUUUCAUGCUGCCACCAAUCAUGUUGUGGGACUUUGGAACAUGACGUUCAUUAUUUCUUUUCACUCCUAGUUACCUUGUUAAGCAAUAGAAAGCAAGUCCAAACUUUGAUUUCCCUCAAUACACUAUGUAUUGAGAGAUUCAUCUUCCAACUUUGGAUUAUUUUCCCAUUCAUCAAGCUGCGAUAAUGAAGUUCAUUAUCAUAAGAUGCACUUGUCUAUACAGUCUAUCAAAUGAGGCUGGAAAGCAACUAAACAACUGCCAGCUUUAGAUGUUACUCAUCAGUGCGACAAAGAGAGAGAUUAUUGUUAUGCAGUACCCCAAGCUGCAAUCCUUAUGGUUUUGGCUACCAUGGCCACUUUGAAAAAAACCAAGUUUGCUGUUUAAGUUGCCAAUUUGGCAUCUAUGUUUGAAGUGACAUUAUUAAAACAUAGUUUUAGUUGUCUAAAAUUCCAAAUUGGGGUAGACAUUUUCAUAAAAUGUAACUCACUCAUAUUCUCUCUUUUUUCAUACUUAACCUUUUCUUCUUUACACUUAGUUGGCCGAAUAUUACACCUUGAGAUGUCCCUUGAAUAUUAAAAGACAGACCUCAACUAAACUUCUGAUACCUAAGACUGGUGGGGUUUCCUGCAAUUUUUCUUGUGGUCGCAAAAAUUUUAUUUCUAGUAUAUAAUUGAUGGAAACUUUGUAAAAGGUUGAAUGUGAAGCCCUGACAUGGGCUUUUUAAUACACUAUUUCCCAUUUAUUUCCUACAAAAAGCUUCUAUUAAAUUUUCACUCUAUUCAGGUAAAUGAAAGUGUUCCACCAAAGUUCAAGUUAUGUUUCUUGUUAUAUCGCAGAUCUUCAUGAUCAAAAAAAAAAAUUUUGUGAACAUAUUUAAUAUUUAAUAUUAAACUACAACUGAAUUGACAUUUUAAGUCUGUUAACCAAGGAGAUGAAAAAAGACUGCAAGAAGUUUUACACUAAACAAGUUUGUGUGUGGAUUUGCUAAGUUUGCAGAUUUAAUACAAGAUUCAGUUGACAAUGAUAAGAAUAAUAAAAAUACCUCAAGAAGUCUUAUUCAGUUCUAAUUUUUGGAUCAAAAAAAAGAGCAAUUUCUCCCAAAA